AUGGCCGGACAUGAACCAGUGGAGGACAGGGAACAAGCUGUCUCGGUGGAUGAAAAUGACGAGGGAUAUGCCGAAUUAGAAGGCUCUUCAACGUCAUCACUCCGCUCGAGCAUCUUCAAUUAUCCGGUCGAAAAUGGCCGGCAGUAUCACGCAUACAAAUCUGGCAUGUAUAGCCGGCCGAACGAUGAGGAUGAACUCGAUCGAUUGGAUCUGGUACAUGCCAUGUUCAACCUCGUCACGGAGGGCCGACUUCAUUUGGCUCCGAUCGGCAACAGUCCCCAACGGAUCUUGGACAUCGGCUGUGGCACAGGCCUCUGGUGCAUCGAGAUAGGAGAUACCUAUCCCAGUGCCGAAAUCAUCGGGAUCGACUUGAGUCCGACUCAACCGAUCAUGGUUCCGCCAAACGUCCAGUUUGAGAUAGACGACAUCGAAGAGGACUGGACGUUCAGGCGACCUUUCGAUUACAUCCAUUCGAGAUACAUGGCGGGCGCUAUUCAAGACUGGCCGAGACUCAUGGAACAAUGCUUUCAGCAUACCAAAUCCGGUGGGUGGGUUGAAUUCCACGACUUCGAUCCCGAUUACUAUUCUCAAGACGGCACUCUUCCCAAGGACUGUCCUUUAUUGAAGUGGUUGAAUUACUGCCGGGAGGCGUGUGAGAAACGGCAGCGAACUCUCAACCCAGGGGGACGGCUGGGACAAUGGAUGAGAGACGCAGGAUUCGUCAAUGUGCACGUCGAGAAGAAAGUACUCCCGAUUGGGCCUUGGCCAAAAGAUUCUAGGCUGAAAAAGAUUGGCCUCUUCAACGCAACACAACUGCACGACGGCCUGUCGGGGCUGAGCAUGCGUUUAUUCACCAAUGUCUUGGGAUGGACCCGUGAAGAGGUCGAGGUGUUCCUCGUCGACGUGCGCAAGGAUCUGAAGAAUCCCCAGAUCCAUGCGCUGAUGGAUUUUUUUAUUGCCUAUGGCCAAAAGCCUUGA